GGUGUGGGCCGGCGGGGGCGCGGGCGCGGGCGCGGGCGCGGGCACGGGCGCGGACGAUGAAGUGGAGCGUCCGCGGAGCCUGCGCCGCGCUCUCCUCCGGCCUUCUGCUCGCCUGCGCGCUCAGCGCCGCCGCCGUGGGGCUCAAGUGCUUCUCUCUGGGCUCCGAGCUCCGCGGGGAGCCCUUCCGCCUGGGCACCGCCGCCGGCGCCUUCUACUCCGGGCUGCUCUUGGCCGCCGGCCUGUCUCUGCUCGGCUCCGCCCUGCUCUGCUGCCGGCCCAGGGACGAGAGCCCCGCGGGGGCGGUGCCGGGCGCCGGUGCCGGGCCCGGGGCUGUGCCGGGCGCGCUCGGGGGCCCGGAGGCCGAGCCCGAGAGCGGAGCCGCGGAGGCCAGGGCUGUCGCCGCCAUCCCCGGCAGCCAGAACUUCCUCCUGCUCGGAGUCCUGGUCUUUAUGCUCGGGGUCCUGAGCGCCUUCGCCGGAGCUGUGAUCGACGGCGACACCGUGUCCCUGGUGGAGCGUAAAUACUCGCACUACUGCCUGAAGCCGCGGGCCCUCGGCCCGGCCCCGGCCCCGGCCCCCGCGCGAGCGCGCAGCCCUUCGGACAGCUCCGAGAAUGCCCCGGCGGCAGCACUGGCCCCGGCUCCGGCCCCGGCCCCGGCCCUGGCCCCGGCCGCCGCUCGCGCCCGCAGCACCCUGGACAGCUCCGCGUCGGCCCAAUGUGAGAAGCUGAAGGACUACCAGCGAGGCCUCGUCAUCUCCACCGUCUUCAACUCGCUCGAAUGCCUGCUGGGCUUGGUGAACCUGCUCCUCGUCAAGAACUACAAGUCGUCGCAGGCGCGACGGGGCCGGCGCAGCCGGCGGAGGGGCGGCCGGGGCGGGCGGCCCCGCGGCGGCCCGGGCUCCCGCCAGCACGCGCCCGCAGCCCGGCAGCAGCGGCGGGGCCGGCGAGGCAAGCGCGGCGGGCGGCGGCUGCUGCAGCGGCCCAGCGAAGGCUCCCUCUUCUCCCCGGACGAGGCCGACCUCCCCUCCCCGGGCCUUAGUGGGGGCGGCUGCGGCGGCGGCUGCGGCCCCUUCCCCGGGGCGCGCCACGCCGUCUCCUACAUCAACGUGGGCGUCUUCCACGCGUUCGACGAGGCGGGCGUGGAGGUGCGCUGCGGGGGACACCCCUCGGUGGAGCUGCCCGGCUACUCUCCCUCAGACCCGGAGCUCCAGGUCUCCUACCCGUACUGCUGCCGGCCUCCCCACGAGGACGUCUAUCCCCGGGAACCGGGCAGGGUCAGCUGAGGCACGCUCCCCGCAGCCCAGCCCAGGGACCGGCCGCCGCAAGCCCAGAUUCGUGCCGGAGAUUCGCUGUUUCCGUGGGCAGGCUGGGGGGAAGGGGCGUAGGGGGCCGCGGCCCUCGCCUUAGGGGAAAGCGAGAGCCGCUUCCCUCCCGCUUGGCACUCCUCGGGUCGUCCCCGGGAUCCCCGGUGCCGGCUUCUGGAGCCCGUCCCUUCUCCGGUUCCCAGCCCCAUCCCGCUGUCAGUAGCAGAGGCUCUGGCUGCUGGCCACUUCGGUGGAACUGGACGCCUGGGAUGGGCACCCAGAAGGGAGUACAUUUGUAUUCAAUUUUUAUGUCUGGGGACUUCCCUCCUCUCCUCUGUGUCUGUUCGAUAUCCGGAUUCCGUUUUAAAGUUUACAAUAAAUGUUUAUAGGUUGGUUCAUCCAGCCACGUUUCUCUUUGGCAAGUCGUUUUGGUCAAGGGAAAGCCCCGGCAGCAGCGCAAAGCUACCCGAGGGCCAGGAGCGAGGCGGACGUAGGGGGAACUCCAAGCAGCCUCCACAAGCGCCGGCCCUCGGCUGGGAAGAGCCAGAGAGGGUCCUGUUGUGUUGGUCGGUCUGGCGAGAGCCUGCUGUGUGACUGGAUGUACCCUCAUCCCAGAGUGCCGUGAGUUACACUUUGGUUGUUUCGAGGUAGAUACACAAGCCAACCUGCACUUUCCAAGAUAAAAGAAAAGAAAAAUGAAGAACGACAUUUUUUUUUUUUUUUUUGUACACGAAUGUGCCUGCUUUUGUUGACAAUUUCUUACUGUAAAAGCUUUCCAGUGAAUGGUGAAAAUGUUUGGUAAAUUUAUUGCAAUUUAAUAGCAGGGGUUUCCUUACUUAAAAAAAAAAAAUUUGAAAUGCUACUGGAGAAUUCCAAUUAGAAGAGAGUCAAAGGCUAUCUACGCACAAAACGGUUUAGGAAAAGAAGGUGGGAUUCAAUUAGAAAGGAUUGUUUGAAAGCCACCAAGCAGGUCUGUUCAGUGGGUUAUUUGCCUGAAUCCAGCCUAUCUUUUCUUUCCUUUUUCUUUUUCAAGUUGACUGUUGUGUGUGUGUGUGUGUCUGUGUGUGUAGACACUGACACGAGGUCCCAUACAUUCCUCUUUUGGAAGCCAGUUCUGGGUUUUUUACUGCAACGCAGAGCUUAUUUUUGGUUAACACAGAUGAACAAUUCAAUCCUAUUUUAGACAAUUGCAGUCACAGUCUUUCUUGUAAAGACUAUCUUGAAUAUUACAGCACUUGAUUUAAAAUAUACCCCUUAAAUAGCCUUAAUUGCUGUGAAGUUCAUAAUCUUAAGUGAACAGAAUAUAUAUGUAAAUGUAUGUAUAUGUAUAUUACAAAUGACAUGUCAAUAUACAUACAGGCAGACACACACAUAUGAACUCUAAGAGAACACGCUGGCAAAAAAAAAAUAAAUAAAUAAAACCUCUGGUAUUCUAAUCUUGCCACCAGAUUAAAAACAUCACAGGACCCCUCUAGAAGAUUGGUGUGCUAAGACAGGGCUAAUGGCCUUAAAGACAAGCCCUAUCACAUCAGACUGACAUGAUAUGAGCUUUGAGGAAACAUUAUCUGAGCUGAAUCAGGAUGGUAUGGGAAGAGCACUGGAUUUGGAAUCAAAAUACCUGAAGUCAGAGGACCUGGGCUCUCAUCAGAGAUCUGCUACUUACUACCCGUGUGACCUUGGGCAAGUGACUUCACCUACCUGGGCCAGUUUCCUCAUCUGUAAAAUGGUUAGACUAGACAAUUUUUAAGGUUCUUUUCAGCUCGAAGUUCUAUGAUCCUAUUAUCCAAAGGGGUCUUACUCUAGUCCCCAAAGAGAAUGCUUAAUCCCUAGUCCUCCAUGCUAAUUGGCCGACUCACAGCUGAGAUGGCAGAGGAAACCAAAAGAAAAUAUGAAUUCUCAUUUGGGACCUCAUGGGGGCAAUACUAAUAGCAGCAAUUUACAUUAAGCAAGCAAAGGGGAAAGAGUUGGGGAUUUUAUGUUUUGUGGUGCAUGGAGUUUACUUUUAAUUUUGAAAAAUAUUUAAAAUGAAUGGAUAUUGAAGUAAUCUAUAAAUCUGGGGAUCCUGGAAUCAGAUCAUACUUCCUGUGGAUAGCAGGAGUGAUGGAUUUGGAGCCAGAGACCUGGGUUCAAAUCCUCAUUCUGCCUUUUUCUAUUUAUGUGACCAUGGGGCAAAUCAUAUCCCUCUGUGGGCCUGUUUCCUCAUCUAUACUAGAGGGUUGGACCAGAAGAUGUCUAAAGGUUGCUUCCAACUCUAAAAUCCCAUCUUCUCAAACUGGGGCUAUCUUUGUUUAAAGGUUAGGUCAGCUUGGAUACCCUCCUCCCCUUAUAACAUUUGCUCCAUUGCAUUCCUUAUAGCAUCAUCAUGGUCCAUCCCUGUCCAGAACUUGGAAGUGCUGUUUCUACAACUGUAGAGGUGGUCCUAGCCAAUCAAAUAGUUCACAGAGUUUCAAAGCCAAACGGAAAACUGAGGAAACACCACAAAAUUGAAUCAACUCCCUUCUACUCUAAAGCGAUCUAUAUAUAUAUGUUACAAUAGAAAGGAGAGCUUUGUUAUUUGAUUCAUUUGAUCAUAUAGCUAGAUGAGCAUAUUAAUGCAAACCAAUCAGCAUUAAGCUGACGUUUGGCUGCCAGCCAGUAACCAUCAAAUUUAUCUGAUAAUUGGUCAGGAUCUGCUUUGUAUUUUAGAGACACACACAAAAAAAAGAUGGAGGUAUUUGGUUUGUGGAAUUCAUAGACAUAGAUUCAAGUUUAUACUUCGUUUUGCUUGCAUAGACAGUAGAGGAAAAUGACUUCUCUAGCCAUGUUUAUAUAUACUUCCACCUUCUUGUUCACAUUUGUUUUACCUUGCAUACAAAAAUUCAAUGUAACAAGUACUUACAAAGUGUCUAUUAAAUACAAUGCACUGUGCUAGGUGCUGGGGAUACAAAGACAAAGCUCUGGCCACCGGCAACUUAUUUUCUACUAGGUGUAUAUAACACAGGGAAAAGGGUAAGGAUUGAGCCUUUCAUUUUGUUGGUAGAGGGAACUCACAGAUAAGAAAACUCAUUCCACCAAUGCAAGUGAGCAUCUUUUUGCCACUGAUGGUCUUAGGUUUCAACAUAUAAAUUUUAAAAAUAUAUUAAUGACCAUUUGAGGAAGUAGAGAGCAGUAACGACUGUGGGAAUACACAAAUCUACCAAUGGAUAUAAAAUUUCCUUGAUGUGGUUAUUCCCUCCAACAAAAAAGUUCAUAACCUGUUUCGGCCUGCCCGAGGGGUCCCACCAAUGUUCUGGGAAGACUUUUAUUAAUUUCAGUUGACAUCAUGAGGAUAUCAAUGGAUCACACAAGGAUAGUAACAUGGGAACUUAAGUAACAUAAACUUAGGGAACAGUGGCCAUAGAAUGUAAGCUCCUUGAGGACAGGACCUAUUUCUUUUUUACAUGUGUAAUCCCAGCUCAUUGCACAGCACCUGGCACAUAGCAGGCACUUAAUAAAUGCUUGUUGAAUUGAAUUGGAUUACAGUUCCAAGGUACCAAACAAGUGUGAACUCUCCACUUUACCUUAGCCAAAUUCAUACAGCACAAAGUGGCAGACCAGGAGGGGCACAGUAGGGAACUGGCAAUUAUCAAGUUCAUUCUUACAGUUAAUCUAUGUAAGUUGGACCCCCAAAUGGAUGACUUCACCAUAAUUACCCUGUUUGGCUGGCCAUAUUGAUCAGACAUUGGAUGAUUGCUAGAACUCCCUUGUAUUUUGUGCUUUGCAGACCAUGCUAGACAUGACAGAGUUUAUAUUUAGCUAUACUCUUUUCCUGAGGAAAAGUAAGACUUUUCCUAAUAUUAAAGAAUGGUAUGAAGUGGAGCACUUUUUUGGAAAGAUUGCCGAGUUGGAUUUGGAUCCAAUGACUCAGAAAAGAUACAUUCAGUAUUAACUAAAUCUCAUAGUAUUAUUUUGUUUUCUCUGAUGUUUUUGAUGUGCACAAUUUGUACAAUCUAAAUUGUCAACUGCCUUAUGAGUCUUUUCAAAUUUGCAAUCAAAAUACACGAAACUUUUUUUAGUCUUUUCUUGGGAUAGCACACACUUAUUUUUGGUUUUUGGUGGCCCUAAACUCUAGACAUGGCUGAUUUUCCCCUCCUUUGCUCCAGAACUUAAAGAUGAGAAAAGAUAUUCUCCCAUAUGCCCUCAUGGAAUGUUGGAAGUCUAGCCAGUAUGCUUUAUGUCUAGCCACUAUGGAACAGGUUCUCUAAUUCAGAGAGUCAUUUUAUUGCACAAGCAUGCUGGCCAAAACCUGAAGUUUUCCUGAUGGAAAUCUAGGUGGAAGGGAGAAUAUAGGAAGAGGAGUUUUAAGAGGCUUUUUCGGUUGCCCUUUCUUCUCUGGGCCCAAGAGAAAUUUAGUUCAAACAAGCUCAUGGGGCUAAUAAUGCCAAAUAGCAUUUUAGAGGCAAAAUAUGGUUAGUUCCAUAAACACUUAACUCUGUUUUUUGGAGGUUGACAUAGAAUCAGAAUACCAAGAUUUUAUUUCUUAAUGGUUUUGCUAUGAGAAUCAAAAUUCCAAAUAUUCUGAAACUCAGAUUGUUCCAAAGACCAGUGCUCAGGGAAACCCCAUGGAAAAGGAAGGUCUGAUUGUUCCCACUGGUUAGAAUUCUAGCUUCAGAUUUCUUAAGGAUGCUGAAUUUAUUAUUUUUUAUUCAUGUCCAUUCCAUUUUAUGGUAUUUUUUCUAUCUGCUAUUUAGAAUCCCAGCUUUAGGCUCAUUCAGCUAUGACAUUGUUACUUUUCUUCAAAUGGACAUUUUUCCCUGUCAUUUUCCCACAAGUUUAUAUCAAUGAAAGGUACAGAAGUAUAUUAGAUAUGUCUCAGCAAGUAUAUAUUGAAUAAUUCAUCACUUAUAAAUUAAUAUUUUUAAACUUCAUGCUAUGGUUUGAGGCAGUGGUGACAUUUCUGAGCUCAAAUUCAUACAUUGUUUAUUUAAAUAUAGAACAGCUGAAUUGGGGGAACAAGUGAUGUCAUAUACAGACUUAGGAAAGUAAACUUACCAGAAAAGCCAAGCUUUCAUAAAACAUUGGUUAAAUAAAACUCCUGUGGCCUGAGACCCCAAGCAAUGCAGUAACACUCUGAAGGUACUGGGGAGCCACUUAAAUUGAAACAGUAUUGACUGAGGUAAUGGAUUUUUUUUUGAGUGAAAAAUUCAGCUAAACUAUUAACUAUUUCAUUUAAAAAAAUCAUUCAAAGUGAUUGCUUGUUUAGUGUCAUGUACACCAAACAAGAUUGGCUGAAUGGAUUCUUGUCCUGUGCCCAUUAAUUAGUAUUUCAAUGUUUUAUUGAGCUUUGAAAUGGUAAAUGUGGUCUAUCAGGCCUGAUUGUGAUUCUUGUUACUUCUAGGAAUAUCAAAAAUUAUCUGUCACCACAUUCUGGUCACCAGGGGCUCCAACAUAAAGACAAAAUGCGUUUCCUUUUUAGUUGCAUUAAUUUUCUGACCUGUGGACUGGAGGAUAUAUUGUCUUAAGGAAGUCUCCAAAGGGGUCCAUAUUAGAGGCCUUUCUUUCUGUGUAGAAGCUUAGGGUAAUGAGCCCCUAGUUUGAAGAGGGCAGUAGAAUUGGGCAAAAGGCAGCUUUUAUACAUGAAAUACAAGGCCAGGUCUUCGGAAACCCUUCUGAUUACCAAAAUGUUAAACACUUGUGCUAAGUGUCUGUACAAACUGCCAUACCCAACUGGAAGCAGGCUGCCAGAAUGAGAAUUAACAAUGUCCAGCAGUCUCAUCACAGAAUAAAGUGGAGUUAAGAUUUGGCAAUUACCUUUUUGGUUAAUCUGACCAGAGUGGGUAUAACCGUGACAUAACUGUAAUCUUGUUGAUAUGCCAUCUUUCUUUUUUGUUCAGUUCCUUGAGGGAUUUAGUUAAUGGAUGCACAUUUUCAGUGCUAUCCUUUGGUGCUGUCCAGUUAUUGUUGGCCAAAAAAUUAUUUCUUUCAUUUUAUAAUACAGUAAGACCUGAGGAAAUGAAUAUGUCACAGAGACUUGAAUGGAAAAUUACUUCUGAUGUGUGAAUAAGGAUAAAUCAUUUCUAUAUCUCUGUAACUAUUUUUUAUAUGAGGGGAAAAGUUCCCACCUAUUGUCAAUUGAUAUCCCAUACACUCCAAAUAUAUUCACCUGAUUCUGUUUUUUUUUUUUUUUUUUGUAUUGUAUUUGACAAGACAGGACACCUAUAAAGCCAGGGAUGGGGUGGGGAGAGUUUCAUUCUGUUCAGGAAUAAAAUGGUAUUAAAAGAU